AUGACAAAUGCAGGCAUGAAGGGGUCGUGGCUGUCGCAGCCGACGGUGAAGAGCGUGCUGGUGUACCGCAAUGGGGACCCUUUCUUCCCAGGGCGUCGUAUUGUCAUCAAUGAGAAGAAAGUGUCUAACUUUGAGGUAUUCCUGAAAGAGGUGACAGGCAGAGUGAAGGCACCCUAUGGAGCUGUGCGUAACAUCUAUACCCCCAGAGGAGGGCAUCGUGUUCGGCAGCUGGAGGAGCUUCAGAGUGGAGAACAGUAUGUGGCUGGUGGCAGGGAAGCCUUCAAGAAACUCAACUAUUUGGACAUUGGAGAAACAAAGAAAAAACCUACUGAAGUCAAUAAUGAGCAGUCAACAGUGGAAGAUGUCAAGCCAGUUACUCACAGUAGAAUCACUGUGUCAGCACGGUUUCGGAAACCACUCCAGGAGCCCUACACUAUUUUCCUGAUUGCUAACGGAGACCUUAUUAGCCCUGUAGUGCGCCUCCUCAUUCCCAGGAAAACACUGAAUCAUUGGGAUCACAUUCUCGAAAUGGUUACAGGAAAAGUUACCCUCAGAAGUGGAGCUGUUCACAGACUUUAUACUUUAGAUGGAAAACUUCUUCAGAAUGGGUCAGACUUGGAGAAUGGGCAAAUUUAUGUUGCAGUGGGUAGAGAAAAGUUUAAGAAGUUGCCAUAUGGUGAUCUGCUCUUCAGCAAAUCUACAAUGAGAAGGCCACCAGGUUCCAAAACCUCUGUACUACCUCCGAUUGUGGGAUGUCAAAAGUCUAAAGGCAGUGGAAAUGAUCGUCAGUCUAAAUCUACUGUUGGAUCCAGUGACACAGGAGAAAACAGUUCCUCUCCUCAACUUCCCAAAGGGAAAGACAAAAAAGGUCAGAAUCUGGCGGAUUCUGUGUCCAGACGACACUUUUCCAAUACCUCUACAAAAGUGAAACAGACUGCAAGAGUAACAGCUGCCACAGGACUCCUUCAAGAUAAUGGUGAAGAUCUUUACAAAGCAAGAGGAGAAGAUGAGUCUGAAAUAUGGGGGGCAGCUGAGGUGCAGGAAGAUGAAGAUACUCACGUGGAAGUUCCGCUGGACCAGAGGCCAGCAGAAACUGUAGAUGAAGAAGAAAAUGCAGAAGAGGAAAAUGACAGGGGAGAGGAGGCAUAUAAAGGAGAGGAAGAAUACCUAGAUGUGAAUGCAGAAGAAAGUGGGGAAAAUCUUAAAGAAAGAAGUGAAGUGGAAGAAAACAAGAUAGUAAAUGAAAAUUAUGAAGAUGAAUCUCAAGAAACAGAGAAUGUUGACCAAGCAGAUGAAGAGAAAUGUACUCAUUUAAACAGCAAGAAAAAUGAAGAAAGUGGUGAGGGAACGGAGCACUUCAACUAUCAAGGUGGUCCUCAGCCUGAAGAGGAAACAAAGGAGGACUCUGACAGUCAGAACCAGGUUGAUUCCCAUCUUGAGAAAACAUCCACAAAUCCAAGGGUGACAAUCACCAGCCCACAGGAAAGUGAAAAAAAUGACCAGAGCAAUGACUAUGCUGCAGUUUCAUAG